GGCAGUACAGGAUGCUGUGUGUGAGAGAAGGAUGUUUGGGUCAGCAAACAUCUGGUGAGAAAUGGGAUCUGAAUGCCCAGGUUUUGCAUUCCUGCAUGUAAGGAUCUGAAGCGUGUGAGCAGUGGCUGCACAGACCACGGUUUGGACUGACCCUCCUCGAACUGAGGCUUGCUGAUGAUGAAUGGAACAGCCAAUGUGAACGCAGCUGGACGUAGCCAUUAUGCCUCCUCAAUCCCUGUGCCCAGAGCUGCAUCCCACAGCAAGAUACAUACUCUGGCAGCAUCUCCAAAGUUGCCCCCAAGGCAAAACAGUGUGGGAGCUGUUCCUUCCCAAAGGGCAUCCUCUCCCAGGACGGGAAGGGGGUUGGUUGGCUCAGGCAAUGGUAAUGCCAAAGGAUGCAAGCAGAAGGUCAUUCCCAAGGUCUCAGCAGCUGCAAGCCCUGGACAGGAGAAAGCAGAGGGGGCUGAGAAUCAUGGUGGGGUAGAAGGAAUGGAAUCCGGUCUCAGUUUGAACACAGUGUCUGGCUGCAGCAGCCCCCGGGGAGCACAGAAGACCAGUCCCAGAGCCACUGGAACAGCCAAAAAAUCUGUAGCUCAAGCAGCUGAGAAAGGGAAAGACACUUCAAAACAUGGAGAAGAUUGUACCAGCCUUGGUGCCAAGAAGAGUCUUGUUAAGCCCAGCUCAGUUUCUGAGCCUACAAAAACCUCUCACCUCCCAGGGAAGAGCCCUUCUCAUCUCAGCCUGUACAGUGAGACUUUGUUGUCCAGGCCUUCAGAAGGACCAAGCAUGAAGAGACCUCAGAGCUGUCCAGUGAAAGGUCAGUGGGUUUCAGAAGUCAACUGGAAAGGAAGUGGAGUGUCCAAGCUGGAGGAUAAGCCUCAGGUGAUCUCACUGGACACGAGCAACCUUAACAAGGGGCCUGCACUACACACUGGACCCAUCAGUUUUUCUUCUGUGCCUCAGCACAACCAUCCUGUUACGGCCACGGUGGCCCCUUUCCACUAUCGGAGGCAGGGUGAAAAGGACCGGACCAGCCUCUCUAAGGAGGAGCAUGCACGUGAGGAGCACCCGAGUCCGACUGAAGGUUCUGAUCUCAGUUUGAGAGGCGUGGAUCCUGAAUCCCAGAGAAAGAGAACAGUGCAGAAUGUACUGGAUCUGCGGCAGAACCUGGAGGAGACCAUGUCCAGCCUACGGGGUUCCCAAGUAACUCACAGCUCGCUGGAGAUGACGUGUUAUGACAGUGACGAAGCCAACCCCCGCAGUGUAUCCAGCUUGUCAAACCGCUCCUCCCCCCUCUCCUGGCGCUAUGGUCAAUCCAGCCCUCGCCUGCAGGCCGGGGAUGCCCCUUCAGUGGGUGGGGGAUGCCGCUCAGAAGGCACCCCCAGCUGGUACAUGCACGGGGAGCGAGCUCAUUAUUCCCACACCAUGCCUAUGCGCAGCCCCAGCAAGCUUAGCCACAUUUCUCGCCUGGAGCUUGUUGAAUCUCUUGAUGCUGAUGACGUCGAUCUCAAGUCUGGGUACAUGAGUGACAGCGACUUAAUGGGCAAGACUAUGACUGAGGAUGAUGACAUCACCACUGGCUGGGAUGAGAGCAGCUCCAUCAGCAGUGGCCUCAGCGAUGCCUCAGACAACCUCAGCUCAGAAGAAUUCAAUGCCAGCUCCUCGCUCAACUCCCUGCCUUCCACCCCCACAGCUUCCCGUAGGAACUCUACCAUAGCGCUGCGCACAGACUCAGAAAAGCGCUCAUUGGCAGAGAGUGGGCUAAACUGGUACGGUGAGCCAGAGGAGAAAGCUCAGAAGAAGAUGGAUUAUGACAGCGGGAGUCUGAAAAUGGAGCACAGUUCUUCCAAGUGGCGCCGGGAGCGCUCUGAAAGCUGCGAUGAGGCACCAGGAAAAGGAGGAGAGCUGAAAAAGCCAGUUAGCUUGGGCCCUCCAGGGUCCCUAAAGAAGGGCAAGACACCCCCUGUGGCUGUAACCUCCCCUAUUACGCACACAGCCCAGACUCUCAAAGUGGCAGGUAAACCUGAACCAAAAGCAACGGACAAGAGCAAGCUGUCUGUGAAGAAUGCAGGCCUGCAACGCUCUUCUUCUGAUGCUGGCCGAGAUCGAUUGUCAGAUGCCAAAAAACCUCCAUCUGGACUCACCCGGACCACCACCUCUGGCUCCUUCGGCUACAAGAAGCCACCGCCUGCAACUGGGACUGCUACCGUGAUGCAAGCUGGUGGCUCAGCCACACUUGGCAAGAUUCAGAAGACCUCCAGUAUCCCUGUCAAACCUGUAAAUGGGAGGAAAACCAGCUUGGAUGUCUCUAAUGCUGGGGAACCUGGCUUCAUGGCCCCAGGGGCUCGCACCAACAUCCAGUACCGAAGCCUCCCUCGUCCAGCCAAGUCUAGCUCCAUGAGUGUGACUGGAGGGCGCAGUGGCCCACGGCCUGUAAGCAGCAGCAUUGACCCCAGCCUCCUCAGCACCAAAGGGGGCAUUUCUGUGUCACGGCUCAAGGAGCCUUCAAAAAUUGGCACAGGCCGGAGUACACCAGUGCCCGUAAAUCAGACAGACAGAGAGAAGGAGAAGGCCAAAGCCAAGGCUGUAGCUCUGGACUCUGAUUGUGUCUCGCUGAAGAGUAUUGGUUCCCCUGAAAAUACCCCCAAGGCUCAAAGUGGCCACCAGACUCCUGCCAAAGUGGCUGAGCUACCACCAACACCACUCAGGUCAGCUGCCAAAAGCUAUGUCAAAGCCCCUUCUUUGGCCAACCUGGACAAGGUGAACUCUAACAGUCUGGAUCUUCCCUCCUCAACUGAGCUCCACCAGAUGCACAGUGGGAAAUUGUCGGAGCCACAUCCCACUGCAGUGGGUGUGGGUACCCACCUCACAUCAUGCUUCACACCAAGCCCUGCACCCGUCCUAAACAUAAACUCUGCUAGCUUUUCCCAGGGCCUGGAGCUCAUGGGUGGCUUCAGCAUCCCCAAGGAAACCCGCAUGUACCCUAAGCUUUCAGGGCUGCACAGGAGCAUGGAAUCGCUGCAGAUGCCUAUGAGCUUGCACAGUGCAUUCUCUACAGGCAACACAAAUGCUCCCACCACUGCUCCUGCUCCUCCUGUCACUGCUGAAGAAGAGCCUAGUGAGAUGGCCUGGACAGGAAGCCCCAGAAUCAGUCACCUGGACAGGUAUCAAAUCCAGUCCCAAGAAGAUGGCAAGGAGAGACGGCACUCCCACAUGAUUGGAGGGCUGCAGGAAUCAGAUGACCAGUCUGAUCUGCCCUCCCCACCCCCUCUAUCCAUGUCAUUGGUUGGAAAGGCACCACUGACCAAUAUCGUGAGUCCCACAGCAGCCAACACCCCAAGGAUCACCCGCUCUAACAGCAUUCCUACCCAUGACUCUACCUUCGAGUUAUACAACGCCUCCCCCAUGGGUAGCACCCUCUCCCUGGCAGACCGGCCCAAAGGCAUGAUCCGUUCGGGCUCCUUCCGUGACCCUGUGGAUGAUGUUCAUGGAUCCGUGCUGUCCCUGGCGUCCAGUGCUUCCUCCACUUACUCCUCAGCUGAGGAGAGGAUGCAGUCUGAGCAAAUCCGUAAACUGCGCCGUGAACUAGAGUCAUCCCAAGAGAAGGUGGCCACACUGACGUCCCAGCUCUCCGCCAAUGCUAACUUAGUAGCAGCCUUUGAACAGAGCUUGGUGAACAUGACAUCCCGCCUCCGACAGCUUGCAGAAACUGCAGAAGAAAAGGACACUGAGUUGGUGGACCUUCGAGAGACCAUUGAUUUUUUGAAGAAGAAGAACUCAGAAGCCCAGGCUGUUAUCCAGGGGGCCUUGAAUGGAGCCGAUAUCACACCCAAAGAACUGCGGAUCAAGAGGCAGAACUCAUCAGACAGCAUCUCCAGCCUGAACAGCAUCACCAGCCAUUCUAGCAUUGGCAGUGGCAAGGAUGCAGAUGCCAAGAAGAAGAAGAAGAAAAGCUGGUUGAGGAGCUCCUUCAACAAGGCUUUCAGCAUCAAGAAGGGCCCCAAAUCUGCCUCCUCUUACUCUGACAUAGAGGAGAUUGCAACCCCUGACUCUUCAGCACCAUCAUCCCCUAAACUGCAGCAUGGAUCCACAGAGACUGCCUCUCCCUCCAUCAAAUCCUCCAACUCUUCUUCUGUUGGCAUUGACAACACUGAGCUUUUCCAGACCAAUGAAGAGGAAGAACCUGAGAAAAAGGAGGUCUCAGAGCUGCGCUCAGAGCUGUGGGAGAAGGAAAUGAAAUUGACGGACAUUCGUUUGGAAGCUCUAAAUUCUGCCCAUCAGCUGGAUCAGCUGCGUGAAACUAUGCACAACAUGCAGCUGGAGGUGGAUCUGCUGAAAGCAGAGAAUGACCGGCUGAAGGUGACCCCUGGGACAUCCUCUGUGCCAAGCUCCAUCCCAAGCCACAUCCUGAGCUCAUCUGCCUCCUCGUCCCCAAGGCGAUCUCUGGGUCUCCAACUAGCUCAUCCUUUCAGUCCCAGCCUGGCUGAUUCAGAGCUGUCACCAAUGGAUGGCAUCACUGCUGGUACCCAGAAGGAUGAGGUGACGUUGCGAAUUGUAGUGCGCAUGCCGCCUCAGCAUAUCAUCAAAGGGGACCUGAAACAGCAGGAGUUCUAUCUGGGCAGCAGUAAAGUGAAUGGGAAACUGGACUGGAAGAUGCUGGAUGAAGCUGUCUGCCAGAUCUUCAAGGACUACAUCACCAAGAUGGAUCCUGCUGCCACACUGGGGCUCAGCAUGGAGUCUGUCUACGGCUACAGCAUCAGCCAUGUCAAGCGGGUCUUGGACACAGAGCCACCGGAGCUGCCGCCGUGCCGACGUGGUGUAACAAGCAUUGCCGUGACAUUGAAAGGGUUAAAAGAAAAGUGUGUGGACAGUCUGGUGUUUGAGACCCUUAUCCCCAAGCCCAUGAUGCAGCAUUAUAUAAGCCUCCUACUGAAGCACCGGCGCCUCAUCCUGUCAGGACCAAGUGGAACUGGCAAGACCUACCUGACCAAUCGUCUUGCUGAGUACUUGGUUGAGCGCUCAGGCCGUGAGGUCACCGAUGGCAUCGUCAACACCUUCAACAUGCACCAGCAGUCAUGCAAGGACUUGCAGCUUUACCUUUCCAACCUGGCCAAUCAGAUUGAUCGGGAAACAGGAAUAGAUGUGCCAUUGGUCAUUCUCCUUGAUGAUCUCAGUGAGCCAGGCUCAAUCAGUGAGCUUGUCAAUGGAGCUCUCACUUGCAAAUACCACAAAUGCCCGUACAUCAUUGGAACAACCAACCAGCCUGUGAAAAUGACUCCAAACCAUGGCCUGCACCUCAGCUUCAGAAUGCUGACUUUCUCCAACAACGUGGAGCCUGCCAAUGGUUUCCUGGUGCGCUACCUACGCCGGAAGCUUCUUGAGUCCGACAGUGAUGUCAAUGCCAACCGGGAGGAGCUGCUGCGGGUGCUGGACUGGGUGCCCAAGCUUUGGUACCACCUGCAUACUUUCCUAGAGAAGCACAGCACCUCUGACUUCCUCAUUGGCCCUUGUUUCUUCCUGUCAUGCCCCAUUGGAAUAGAAGAUUUCCGGACCUGGUUCAUUGACUUAUGGAACAAUUCCAUAAUUCCUUACCUUCAGGAGGGAGCAAAGGAUGGGAUCAAGGUGCAUGGACAGAAAGCUGCCUGGGAAGACCCUGUGGAGUGGGUGCGAGACACAUUGCCAUGGCCAUCAGCCCAGCAAGACCAGUCAAAGCUCUAUCAUCUUCCUCCACCUAGCAUGGGGCCACAUAGCACUGUCUCACCCCCAGAGGAGCGAAGCGGCAAGGAUACAACACCAAAUUCUCUGGAAUCAGACCCUUUGAUGGCAAUGUUGCUGAAGCUUCAGGAAGCAGCCAACUACAUUGAGUCCCCAGAUAGAGAAACGCUGGAUCCAAACGUGCAGUCUGCUCUCUAAAGAGGAGUGGAUCAGGAUGGAACAGUGAUCGGAGUGAGCUGGUCUCAGCUGCUUAUACUCCUCGUUCUUCUUUGUUUUUUGUAUCUGGAACCCGUGGCCUGGAACAGAAACCACAGAGGGCUGGGAGGCACCUGUUUCUUGCUUUGCAGUCUGUGCAGAUGGACAAGGAGAGAGGCAGCUCGCUCUUCCUCUGAAAGAUGCUGGCUGCCCUCCCCUCCCCCACAUGACUAUGGUGGUAGGAGAAUGCCAAUUUUUAUUUGUAGGUUUUGUGCCUCUGUCACAAACUCCUUGGCUUUGUAGCGUGACUGGGGGGAGAGGGGUGCAGGGAAGAUGAAUAAAUUCCACAGAUCCAGGUUGCCCCUCAUCAGAGUUCCUGUGUGGGGCACAUAUGCUUGAGAACUCCCCACAACUGGCCACUGCAUUAAUUGCAGAGCAAUGUUGGUUGGCGGAGUAGCAGCAAAGUUCGGGGUUUCCUACAAGGAGGAUCCUUAAAAUAAGGUAAACAGAAGCCUAGAAAAGGAACCUGUAAGCAUCGGAGCGGAAGAUUUUUCUGCUGCAGCAAAGCAACUGCUGGCACUCUCUGGGUACUUCCCCCUCACUCUGUCCUACCAACACAAAUACAGGCAAAGGCCUAGGACUGUUAAUCCUGUCUUUGUGCCCUCCUUAUUUAAUCUGCAUGAUGGUCCUUUUACAUUCAGAUUCCCAAUAAAAUCUGUUUUGUUUUGUU